AUGGACGUAAAUGAACCGUCUUACAUCACGCGUCAGUUUUCGAUAAAGAAAAUUGAUUGAUUCAUGGAUAUUUUAAAUAACAUCACCGCAAAACCCACCACGAAGGUAACGUAUAAACAUGCGGUUAUUUACGCAACUGCCUCAUUAUUAGAACAAUGACCGCAUUGAAACGUGGGGCCCUGCCGUUUAUUGAUCGCGCGAACGACAUACAACGCACCACGCAAUAUAUUUUUAACUUUCAACUGUAUUUUUGUUUAUUCAGCACGUUAUCGUAUUUCAAGAUAUGCAUAUUCUUCAGUUUAUGCUUUAUAAGUUUCCCAUACACUCCCUCCCUUUUUAUCCUAACAGUUAUUAUAGUUAAACAAUCCCUACUAUUGUUUUAUUUAUUUUAACGCUUACAGAAAAAGUUUAUUUUUUAUUCUUGCUAGAACUUUGCUUGUGGAACAGUCGUUAAUUAAUGAUUGUGAAGUAAUUUGUUGUGGGGUUUUUGUGUAGAAUGACAGCUGAGGUUAUGGCCAAUGGAACUAAAGAGAAAUGGGAUCCAGCUUUAUCAAGAUUAUUAACAUCUUUACAACAAGCUAACGAACUGCCCUCAACGGAUGAAGAAUUAGGUUUUCUGAGCGAUCUUCUACAAUCAAAAGAACUCCAUGCCCUCGUAAACGUUCACAAUAAGAUAAUUACUAAUGGAGCUAGCGAUAAGUUCUUCCCGAUCCUAUCGACAUCGAUGAAUGUUAUGUAUGAUGUCCUCCAAGUAAUUGCCUCGAGGACGAGUCUGUCGGAGGAUUGUAAAGAGUUAUUUUAUCUUUUCCAAAAACCACAUGUUCAAGGCUUGUUAUAUGCUCACGAUGCUGUUGCCCAAAAAGAUUAUUACCCACAUUUACCCGAGAUUCCUUUAGAAGUAGAUGAGGAUGAAGAAACAGUUAAAAUAGUUCAAUUAGUGAAGAGUAAUGAACCUUUGUCGGGCGCUCAGAGUGCCGAACCAAUCGUUGGAGCGACGAUAAAAACCGAUGAGAAAACUGCGAAAAUCGUUAUAGCUCGGGUAAUGCAUGGAGGUGCUGCUGAUAGAUCUGGAUUAAUUCACGUUGGUGAUGAAGUAGUUGAAGUUAAUGGAAUUAAUGUUGAAGGAAAAACACCAGGAGAUGUUUUAACAAUUUUACAAAAUUCUGAAGGUACAAUCACGUUUAAGUUAGUCCCAGCUAAUGGAAAAUCAUCAGCAAGAGAAAGUAAAGUAAGAGUGAGAGCUCAUUUCGAUUAUUAUUCAUCGUCAGAUCCAUAUAUUCCAUGUAAAGAAGCUGGGUUAGAUUUUGUAAAGGGAGAUGUUUUACAUAUUGUAUCACAAGAUGAUGGUUACUGGUGGCAAGCUAGAAAAGAAGGUGAUCGAAACAUGCGAGCAGGUUUAAUACCAAGUAGAGCACUACAAGAAAGAAGAAUAAGCUUAGAAAGAACUUUGGAUAAGGACAAAGAAAAUGGGCUGUGCUCUGUUUCAGCUUUGCCUGUGCUAUCCUGCAGCCAGUCCCCGAAAUCCCCCCGUUGCAUAUCCAAACCUAAAACUAAAAAAAUUAUGUAUGACAUAGCGGAAAAUGAUGAUUUCGAUCGAGAACACAUUGCCACCUACGAAGAGGUUGCCAAAUUGUAUCCAAGGCCAGGCAUUUAUAGACCAAUAGUGUUAAUUGGUGCGCCGGGAGUUGGAAGAAAUGAAUUAAAACGUCGACUGAUCGAUAUUGAUCCAAUAAAAUACAAAACACCAAUUCCAUUUACCAGUAGACCAAUGAAACCAGGUGAAGUAAAUGGAAAAGAUUAUUUUUUUGUAACUAGAGAACAAAUGGAAGCGGAAAUCGAAGAAAAUAAAUUUAUAGAAUACGGCGAAUAUAAAGGAAAUUUAUAUGGGACUUCCGCUGAUAGUGUUAAAGGUAUCGUUGGGCUUGGAAACGUUUGCAUAUUAAAUCCACAUUAUCAAGCGUUAAAAAUGCUUCGAACACCUCAAUUAAGACCUUAUAUUAUCUAUAUAAAACCACCGCCUUUAGAUGUUCUCAAACAAACAAGAGAGGCGAUGCAUGCCAAGUCCACUUUUGAUGUUAAUAGCGCUAGAGGAUUUACGGAUGAAGAAUUUACUGAUAUAAUCAAAUCUUCAUCCAGAAUCGAAUACUUAUACGACCAUUUUUUCGAUGAACAAAUCGUAAACGCCGAUUUAGCAUUAGCUUUUGGACAAUUAUUAGCCUCAGCAAAUCGUUUGGAAACUGAACCACUUUGGGUGCCUGCCUCGUGGGUACAGUAAAUUGUUACCCCAUUAAUGUUAAAUAUUCCAAAAACCAAAAAAAAAAUGAAAAAUGUUUAUUUUAUUAACUAUAUGUAUAGUUGAAUUAACAAGAAAUUUUUUUAUAAGAAUCGAUCAAAAGGAAAAUUCUUUUGAUGAUUUAUAUCCCAUCAAUAGAAUCCAAAAUCAGUUAAUAUUCGUUAAUAGCUAGAUGUUUUAGGAUUUAUGUAUAAUAACGAAAAGGUUAGAAUAAACUAAACUAUAAUUUUAAUUUAUAUAAAAACCAAAGAAAAUAUAUACGAAACCUAAUAAUGGAUAGGAAAAAUGGAAAUUAGAAAGAUGAAGUGAAAUUACCUUUUUUUAUAACAAAAAAAACACUUCCUUGUAUACAAUUAAAAAAUUUGGGAUUGAAUGGAUUAAAACUAAGGAUAAUCAGCAGUAGGUAAUAGAGAAGAACAAUAUUUGUUGAACUAUCUGGACAAAAUUAAACGUUAUAGGAGGUAAGACAAACCAAUUGCCUUUUUUUGUUAAAUUUAUAUUCACACUGACCAUACUAGGUCCAACAGUUACUUAGAUAAUGCCACUAACGAUUUGUUAUCAACUUUAUCUACAGGCAAUCGAUUAGUUAUUGAUGAAACGAGGUUUUAAUCAGAAUAUUUCUUUAUUUUUAAUCGCUUUUAACUCAUUUUAACUGACUACCAUAACAAUAUAAAUUCGUAACAUUAAAUUGAUUCGAUGUGUCCAUCUUAAAAGUGUUGUUGAAAUUUGUAAUGCACUGUAUUGCCCAGUACAAAUUUUCGUAAUCCAUUGCCCGAAUUUAACUUUAACUGAAAUCAUAUAAAGAAAUAACGUGACAAACAAGAAUUAUUUAUUUAAAUGAGGUAAAUUCAAAAUCUUUUUGUUUUUUUAAGUUUUUUUUUUAUUUUCUUAAUCAUAAAAGAGAGUAGGUUAAAUUGGUUUGUGAGAUUUUCUUUCUUUAUUGUUAGUGACUGAUACGAAUGAUGAAAAAUAUCGAACAGCUAAUCUUAAUGGUGUUGGAACAUUUCUUUUUAUUUUUCAAUGAGGAAUUUUACUACUUGAAUUCCACUUCUCGCCAAUUUUUUUGUAAAACCACAAAAACAUUAUACUAUAUUGCGAAACCUAAGAUAACUUAACAAGAGGACGAAGUAAUAUUUCUUGCCCCUUUUUCUGGAUACAACGUAUGAGGAUAAGUGUUGAUCAAUGCUAUUAACUCUGCGUGUGGUGUGAUUAUUAAUACCAUUUUUGGUUUCUUUGUUUUUUACGCAUUUUUACGUCCACCAAUCAAAUUUCCAUCUUAUAACAUUUAUUCUCAUCUAAAACCCCACUGUAUCUCUCAUUUUCAAUUUUUUAUUUUUCAAUUCAGAUUGUACUUAUUUUUGCGGCACUCGUAAUGUUUCAUAAUAAUAAACAUCAUAAGAUAUUGGAAUAUCUCGAAUCUGAUUCUUUUUCAGUGAAAUGUAUUGAAAAAUGUGUUCUUUGAUGUAAUUACAUUGUCAAAUUUUCUAUUCUAAUCUUCAUCGUUUAUUAAGAUUUGCUGGGAGGUGUAUAAGAAUGAAUUGUUUGUCCAAUAAUGACGGUAAUCAUGUUUCAUUUCUAGUAUAAGAAUAAUACAAUCAAAAAUAGUUUGAUUUCAAUUGGAUUUGUGUCUUACCCAGACGACUUUUUUUAUAUAGGAUGUUUCACUUAAAACUCCCAGGCCAAGUAUCCCUGGAAUGGGUUGUGAUAUUUUAGUUUUUGUAAAAAGUUGUUAGAGUACGUAAAUAACUCUCGUUUUUAAGUAUUAUUAUUAUUCAUUGUAUAAAACUAAAGGUUGCACUGCAAUCAAAACAAACUUUUCCUCCAUCAUAAAGUUUUGGUUAGCUGCAUGUGAUAGAAACAUCAAAAACUGUGCAACUUUCAUUAGUAACAUUGAUUUCAAUUAUUAGUAUGAACCAACAAGGUAGUCACAACAAUAGUUUCUAACAUAAAUAACAAAACAUUAACAAAACAAAUUAAUAAAGUAAAAAACAUAAUUACCUUUUAGCUUACUAAAUAAGUUUUUCAUCAUUAAUACGUAAUAGUUGAAAAUUCAUUUCAUUUUUAUGCACGCACAAUUCGAAUCAUCUGAUCAAUUCAAUAUAAUUACCAUUUGUACCAACCUAUUUUCCUGGAAACCUACAGUCCAGGUACUGAGUCACUCUCUGUGCGUUAUGUGGAAGUGCGUCAUGUUCUUGAAACCACAUCGUUCUUUUUAAUAAAUUAAAAUCAUAUUUAAUUUAUCUUAAUUAGUGAAAAGAACCAUUUUAAGUUAAAGUGUUUGCCGUUUAUUUUGACAUACUCAAAAUUAUUCCAUAAAACAUAAAUUCAUAAUAAAGUUUCUAUCAGGACUACUAAGUUUUUCAAAUUAAUAUUGAUAAGGAAAGUUGUACAGUUUUCGAUGUUCUAUGCAUCUAAUAAGUUUAAGUCUAAUAAGUUCGUGUUGAAGGAAAAGUUCCUUUUGACUACUGCGCCACCUUCAUUUUUGUACAAUGAAUAAUACGUAACAACUGAAGUCAUUUAGGUACUCAACUUCUUACAAAACUUAAAUAUCUCAACCCAUACUAGAGAUACUUGGUUGCGAGUUUUAAGUGAAAUACCCGGUACAUGCUGAUUUUAUUCAAAUCAAGAUAUUGGGAUUAAUAGUUAAAUAGUUCAUUUUAAAGAAGUUUAAUCUGAAUUUAAAACUGGAUUUUGUAUCGAAAAUAUUAAAUCUCCCGUUUUCGCCUUAAAUUUUAACUCUCUAACUAUAUUUAAUCUUAUUUCGUUGGAAACUAUUUUGAUAUAUCUCUGGUAUCUUUUUGAAACUCUAUUUUCAUAUUUGUACAUAAUAGUUAUCUAACUACCAAUCGCUGUUCUUAUACUGUUGAAUGCGUUACUCUACAUUAAAUACAGUGUUAUAUCACAUUUUCUGCCUCUUUGAAUAUAUUAACUCAAAAACAUGUAACAAAUAAUUAAUAACAUCAAACUUACCAUUAAAUAACUAACUUAUUAUUGACAGUGGAGUUUUUUUCAUAAUAUUCUUGAGGUAUCUUUCUAAAAAUUAGUACACAUCCCAAUCGUAUUAUUUGUUAUUAGUAGAGUGAGAUUAACUGUAGACACGCUGACAAACAUAAUACUCUUAUAAUUGUAAAACUGUUAGUUUUAUGGUAUUUGAAUCAGCAUAUUUAGUAGUAGGUAUUAUACAAUCAAAACAUAUUUUUUUAAUUUGGAAAAUUUUUGACAAGUUGGUCUCAAUAAAAUCAUUCUAUUCAAUUAUUGAACGUGGUAAUAACUCACAAAAUUCAGAGAAGUCUCAAAGUUGUUCCAAAAACUUAAAAUAUUGUUGAUCUAUUGAAUUAAUAAAAACCUCUAUAUUUCUUCGGCCUAGCUUAGAAACGAAAUUGCAAAAAUUAAUUUUACUAAUUUUUAACGAGUUGAUCAACAAUAUCAGCUUUAUAAAAUAAUUAUAUCUACACAUAAAUUUACGAAACUUCUUCAUUUAGCAUAUUAGAAGUUAUUAAGAACUAUUUAGGUUAACACUUUAUUUCAAACUUAUUACAAUAACAUUGUUUAAAUAUGAUAUUGAAAAGACUGGCGCAAGACUUUUUUAAGAUAAGAAAACAUUAUCGUUAUGCUAACGAUUUAAAACCUCUGGUUGUUAUAGAAAAUAAUUGAUUUUGGAUUCUGUAUAGUGCAUCAUAUGAGGUUAUUUCGAAUUAAAUAGUGUAUAAAUGAUUUUACACAUAAAGAUAAGUCGACACAAUUCUUAUGUAAACUUUGAUAGCUAUGAAUACAAAAGGGUUAUAUCUUCAAACCACAUUUUCCUUAAUAACAGACCGAUAAAAAUUGGUAAAUCUCAAAAGUUACAGUACAGACUAUUUUUUUUUAACAUAUUAGACGUGUUCAAUUCGAAUUUGAACUAAGAAUUGCUCCAUCACAAAAAGUUUUACAGAUAUCCUAACGUAAUGGUGUAAAGGAGUUGUUCUCAAAUUUAGUAAUUUAUUGAUUAAUAAAUUUAUGUUUAUUAUUUCAAAACAUUAUUAUGUAAUAAUUUCAUUAAUUUCUCUUACCAUUUUUUAUUAUUUUCUGAAGGAACAACGAUUCAAUCAAGAAUUUUAUUCUGAAUUUAUUAUUUUAUGUCAGGUCCUAAUAGGCGAUACAUAUCUAGAGUGGUCCCCAUCAGCUCUAUAAGGUUUAAAGACGAUAUUUAAAAAUCUGUUCCUUGAAGUGCGUCAAGACAAUCUUACAGGAGUUCUAAUCAGGCAGGCGAUAUCAUCAGCUUCUCUAGUAUUAAAUUGCAUUACUUUGGGAAGCAAAACUUUUUUUAACAUGUCUCUUUAAAAAAAUGAGGAGUCGAGAUCUCUACAAAGAAAAAAACACAUUAAACAAUGACUUCUUGGCUGUGAAAAGAUCGUUUGUGAACUUUUGUGGAUUACAACAAAUUUCCGUUGGGAUUCUUAUACAAUCUGCUGAUUUUAAUUCUUAAAGCAAUUCUUAAUCAAUCAAUAAGGCAACAUUGUAAGCGUUGAACGAAAUCUCUUUCAUGAAGUUUCAGAACACUACACAUUUUUCUGAACGUUACAAUUAGUUCCGUGCAAUACCAGAUUGGGUUUUUGCCGCUAUAGUUGUUUUUAAUUUUUGAUUUCAUCCGUAAAUUACUACUAUUUUUGGAGCUUCUCUAACUUAUCCAGUUUGGUUUUACUGAUGCAGACGUAAAUUGAUUAUUUCAUCAGCAUUCCUAAUCAAUUUUAAAAGAGCUAGUACAUCAUGCAUUUAGUAGCUGUUGAGUACGGUGUAGUAGCUGAUUUUGUUGUGUUAAUUGGAGCUUUCUUUGACCCCCAGCAUGGCUUUACACGUUUAUUUUGGAGUUUCUUUAUGCCAAAAUAAAAAUUACAAAAUCAAAAAAGUUGAAUUUUGACUUUUAUACAAAAAAAUCAUUCUUUACAAAGCAAAAUCGGCUAGAGCGAUUUUUUUAAAUAAUAAUUUUGUAUAAGGAAACUUUAAAAUUGUUUGCGUUAAAAUUAUGUUUGUUGUUGAAUCGCCGCAAUAGUUUUUGAGCUAAUCAUUUGGGGGGUACUAGCUUCGAAUUUACAGCAGAACUACAUCUUUGAUGCGCUACUGUUCUAAAGAUCUGAAACGAUUUCAAAUAAUAAGAAAAUAGUUAUCGACAUACAUUACUUGACAUUUUCAGUGUUAACAGUGAGCAUUUAGAAGAAGUUCGAAAACGUCCUCAUUAACAAAUGUAAUAGUCUCAGGACGAGCUGGUGUGGAUUCUGAGGAAAGGAAUAUUUUGCUACUAUAAAAUCCGUAGGGAGUUGGGUAUACCAUAUUUUUUCACAAGAACGAGUUUCUUCAGAGCUUUACUCAUUUUUCAUAUUAUUCUUAUUUUCUAUGUCCUUUUUCAUUCACAUAUAAAAUCUCUUCUGGGACAACUCCCUCUUUUCUUUAUUUCCUGGAAGGUCUACCGCUUCUUUGGUCACCUUUAGCAUUUCAUGAAAAAGCUCAUUACACUUUUUACAACUUAAUACAACCAUCUCCGUAAACGGAGGUUUGGCAAAACCUUCCUUAACAACUUCUCCUCAUCUUCGCCCUUCCACUGCUUCUACUUUUCUUUCACAUGCUCUGUUUCUUCUAGGCAAUGUUCCACUUCUUCAGCUUCUUUGCUCAGUUUUCUGGCAGUAAAAUUAUUCCACAUUAGCGUGCUGUCAUUUUUUUUUGUUUUGUGCUCUUAUUAUCUCUUCUUCCAGCGUUGUCAACAGAUUGUAGCAUUUGUUUUUAUUGUCAGCUUCAACCAGUUCAAAAAUGAAUAUUAUUUCAUGGUUUCUAUAACAUAUUGAAAUUAUUUACACAAAAAUAACGCGGGAACUAACAAAAUCUUCAUCUACAAAGAUAUCUUGUGGAAGUCUUCGUUUUAGGCGGUUAGUAUCUGUAUUAUCUAGUAUCUAAUAUUUCCUAGUUAAUGUUCUUGAACACUUGGACACUUUUGGCACUUUUUGAGGUUGUGUUAGUGUUUUCAAUGUAUCUGCGAGUUCUUCACAAACCAUGGGGCAUCUACGCAUAUUCUUAGUAUUUUAUUUGUUGAGCUCGAAACUGGGCAUGCAUAUACAGGUCUUUUUAACGAUUUAUAAAGUAUCAUAGCCCAUUCGAUCUUCAGUUUCGAUUUUCUUAAUAAUAGGAUAAAAUUCUUUCAGCCUUGCAUAUGCUUUGUUUAAUUUGUUAUUAAUAUGAUACUUCCACGUAAGUCUUUGAUCCAAAUUUCUUGUUCCUUAUUUUUCGAUUGAUAUUGUUGUAAGAUUUUUAACUUGUCUAAGAGUAGGUAAAUAUUAUGACCUUACAUUUAUUUGGAUUUAAGUUAACGCACCAAGUGGAUAACCAUUUAUGAAUCUUAUUUAUAGAAUUUUGGAGGUCUUGAAUGGAUUUUUUAAGAUUUUCAUUUCCGGGCAUUAUUAUUUAUUGUAAUGUCCUGCUGCUAAUAUUUCGUUAUGGCAUAUAUUCUCAUUUUCGCCGUGAAGGUGUUCUGAUUCUUGUCAGAUUCUUCACAUAAUUUUUAAUUUGAAACGCUCGCUUCAUGCUGUGUAACCACAUAACAUAGAAGCCAUUCGGAUAUUAAUGAUCUUUUACUCUUACUAAAUACAUGUUCCGAAUCUUUUGUACCGACUAUGUGUCCAUAUCCUUGCUCAUUCAUUUUCUUUUACUUUCUUUUUUACGUUUCUAAUUUUAUUAAAUAGCACCUUGGUCCAAACAACCAUUAUUACGGUUUUAACUGACAAAUAAGUUUUUGGGGUGGAGAAUUGGACAACGUUGACUACUUUGUAAAUUAAUUGCAUUUAUCUUAACCAAUUUAGAUCUAAAUUAUUAAGAAAUAUGUGGUUUCAAGUUAUCCCCAAUCACCUUAAUUUAUAAAUUAUUGCUGAUGUUACUUAAUUGGAAUACCUUAGAUACGCUUAAUUAAGAUAUUGUUGAUAAUUUUUUUUAAUUAUAAGUUUUCCUUUUAAUUUUUCAAUAAUUUAACUGAAAACGUAGAAAUUAUGUAACGCAUAUUUAUUAUUAUUUUUGAAUAAGCACUGUUAUAUCUCAAAAUUCACCAAAGAUAUUUAUAAAACCAAUGAGAAGUAUGGCAAUUGCCUAAAAAGAAAAUGAUUUAUUAUAAUUAUUAUAAAAAGAAAAGAAAUAGGCAAUAGCUGAUUGUUGAUUUCCGUUAUAAAACGAUAAAAUCGUAAUUAAUAAGUAAUGUAAUAUUUAGAGUUGAUUUAUAAUAUAGAUAUUACAAAAUAUAAAAUCGAAAAAUGUAAAUCUAAAAAAUGAAUAUUGUUACUUUUAGCAAAACGAAAGAGAUCCUGUUAGAAAUAACCACUGCCAUUUAAUAAAUACCUAACAAGAAUGUUGCGCGAUAAUUCUAAAAGUACAUAAAAAAAUCGGUGUUUACUGCUAACUAAGUAA